GGGUGGGGGAAAGAUUUCCAUCUUCUACCAUCAGUCUAUCGCGUGACCACCCACAUGACCGUUUCUUCCUAAAUUCCACGUUUUUAGUGGGCCAAGCCAAAGGGAGUUGCAUUUGCUUAAUAUGUAUUCUUGAAACAUACUGGUUCUUUAGAUUAGUGUUCACGUUCAAGGUUUUUCUUGUGUUUUUUUAUAGUGGUUUCACAAAACUGGGUAUAUUUUUUUCAAUUGAAGUUUUGCUUUGUAUGAUAUCGAGGAUAGUCAAUUUAAAAUGCCUGUACAGAUGUGAUGUAGCCAGCUAGUUCAUCCGGUUGGAUUUAUCUUGAACUAGGAGAGGUGUUCUUUAUGGUUUUAUGGAGGAUAAUAAGCUGAAAGGUAUCUUAUCAGAGACAAAAAUGUUAUAGUUUUAUGCUCUAUUUUCUGGCCAUUCCACGUGUGUGCUGUAAUUUAGUUAAUUCAACUAUAGAAACUCAAGUGCUUAUUAACUAGAUGGGGUGGGGAUAGGCAGCCAUCACUAGAAAUUAAGUUCCAUGAACCAGGAAGAGUAUGCCAGAUGGGUCUAUCACAUAGAGCCAUCUAAUGGGACUGAGAUGCUUCUUUAGAACCUCAAUCUAUGGCCUCAGCCUAGUAGGAUAAUAUUUCAUUAAUGUUGGAUACUCACCCGACCUUCCCGCAGCAAUGAAUGAAUGCUUAAAACUAUAUUUCUUGUUCUCUUCUAGUUGAAGUACUUUUCCACUGGUUCAACACCUAGAGAACAAAAGUAGUAUAUAUUGUGAUCAGAAAAGAUUAUUUCCAGGCAGUGGGAAAUAAUAAAAGACAAAAACAAAGUCAGCAUCUUAAAGAGUCUACAUUUCCUUUGUGCUCAUAUUUUCAGAUCUAUGAUAUUGUCGUGAAAUCGAAUGCAAUUUUAGGUACGUUGAAACCUUUUUAUAGAUGGAUAUUGCUGACCCUCCCUCCUCUGUUCUAUUCUUCUUUCAGGUUUGCAUGGCUGUGGUUCCGAUGUGCUCCAAAAUGACCUAUAAAGACCAAAGACGCUUCAUGUAUGGAUGUAUGGCGUUGGCAGAUGGUCCUAGGUCCUUUGCUUCACUUUCAAGUGAAAUAUGCAAGAGACGUCACAUCUCAUAUCUUACUAUCGAUACCAUGACGAGAACCAAUACAAGAAAAGCGAAUAAAUCUAGACAGUUGCCUUUUAAUGGAAGUACUUCUACACUUUUCAGGAGCAUGACUGAAGUAGCUGUCCUUCAGAUGGCACAUCUUACAGAAAGCCAUCUAAGAUUCAUUUCAGGCAAUGAUUCACGUCAAGAAAAGCUUAACAUUGUUCGUUAUGCAUCAGAAUCAGUUAACAAUGAGAAGCAGCUGAGAUCAUUAGAUUCUUAUUUUGGAAAACUCCAAGAUGAUGCAAAACCAUCUCCUUCAGUUACUUUAGACAAGACAAGGCAGAUAUAUAAUGGAGAUGGUCAUAUUGGAUCAAAGACGGGGUUGAGUUCUCUCGAUGACUAUCUGGGAAAACUUAAUAAAGAUGAAAAAUCAGAAAAUUAUCAUGAUUCAUUUAGCACUCUUGUUGAGCAUACUGCCAAAGGCAAUCAAGUAAGAAAACCCUUCUCUAUCAGUGAUAAUUCCAAAACAGACAAUGAGGAGGAACUGAAGAGUUACAGGGGAGUAAGAACUAGAUAUGGUAGUAGCGGUCCAGAAAGUUCACAAGACAUACGACAGGAUGAUGAAACAUCCAAUCUCUACUUAAUAGGUGGGUUGGUUUCUAUAAACAUUGCAGUUUUUCUGUUUGAGAUGGCAAGUCCGAUAAGGAACUCUGAAUUAGAGCUUCUUUCUCUCCCAUUAUUAUAUGGGGCAAAGAUAAAUGAUUUGAUCUUGGUUGGAGAAUGGUGGAGGCUGGUGACACCAAUGUUUCUGCACUCUGGAGCUUUUCACAUGGCUCUUGGUUGUUGGGGACUUCUUACUUUUGGGCCUCAGGUUUGCAGAGUCUAUGGUUCGUUUACAUUUUUCUUGAUCUAUAUCCUCGGAGGAAUUUCUGGCAACUUGACGAGCUUUCUUCACACACCAGAGCUGACUGUUGGUGGGACAGGACCAGUUUUUGCCAUAAUAGGAGCUUGGCUCAUUUAUCAGCUCCAAAACAAAGAUGUGAUCGCAAAAGAUGUUUCAGUUGGUAUUUUUCGGAAGGCAAUAAUUAUUACAGCUCUUGGCUUAUUAUUAAGUAAUUUCGGUCCAAUUGAUGACUGGACACAUUUUGGAGCAGCUUUUACUGGUAUAGCAUAUGGCUUUUUCACUUGCCCAACACUUCAACUAGACGAUGCAUCUUCAAGAGCGGGUCAAGAAGAGGGAAUUACACUUGUUAGACGAUAUGCCGAUCCUUGUAAAUCACUUAUUUUGUUCACUAUCUUCAUUGUUGUUCUGAGCUCUUUACUUUUCUUUAUCGAACCUCCUCUAAACGCUCUAGCAUCUGACAACUUUGCACGGCUGUGGAAGUAGGAUGCAAUAUAUUAGUAGUGGUUCUAAAUUCAUGUAGCGUGUAAGGGGCAGUCUUAGCUGGGAAACAAGACAAUACAUGUACAUCUAGAUCAAUAGGAUGCAACAUAUUUUUUCCUGUUUUCGUUUUCCCUCUCCUCCCUUUGCCAAAGGAUGUAGAAAUUGCAAACAAUAAGAGGAACAGUGAAAUUCUCAAUGCACGAGGUGUCUUUUCUUAUA